ACAUUCUCACAAACAAUUCCAAAACCUUUCAAUCGACAAACGCGCAUGUGUUGUUAGAGUGAACCGUGCAGGUGAACCUCACUCAGCGCUGAGUGGUGCUCGACAGGCUCGCCUACUCGGCAGAAAACCCACCCCUAGCUGGAACCUCGCUCCCUCUGGUCACUUGCACCGCUCCGAUCAUUCCCUGGUUUCCAUUUUUUUAUCCCCGCCUCAAGAAUCUGCUGAAGUUACGACGAGCAGAUAAGGCAUUUAUCUAGUCUCUCAUACAGCGCACUAGUUCAGCCUCGCUAUUCUAAAUCUCCACCCCGCACCCCAUCGAGUGAUCAUGGCACAGCAAUACCGCGUUCCAACCCUCCUCUCCCUCCUCCUCCUCCUCUGUACAUCUCUCCCGUCCGCCUUCUCCUCUCCAAAUCACCGUCGCCUCACCCCUCGCGAGAGGAUCCUUCGCGACGGCGCGCUGCUCGCCGACAGAAGCCACUCCGUCAUCUUCAAAAAGAGCGCAUCAAGCGUCGAUUCUGCCAACUCCGGUGUGAGCGAAGUCGCCGCAGACACCCGACGAGGCCUAACCGGCGGCGGCGGCCAGCGGCAGGGGUCGUCAUUCGCGAUCGCCAACGGCAUUUCGCGCGGCAGCUUGAUCCAGAGCUUGCCCGGGCCAGCGGGCGACUCGGAAAUCUACGAUUUCGGCAGCGACGCCCGGCGUUACGAAUCCGCUAAAACCGAACGGUUUAAAGCGCCUAAUGAUGGCGAUCGAUCCGAAGCGCCGUCGCUUACCAUAUUCUGCGCGCCGAAACCCUACCCUUCCAUCCUGGACCCUUCAGACCCUAACCCCGACCCGCAGCGGCGCGCUUUGCUGUCCUGGCUGCGCCUCUCCCCGCCCCCCCAAAUCGUCCUUUUCGGGAACGACACGUCGUUCCACGAGCUCGCGCGUCGCUUUCCCGCGCAGAUCUCCGUCGAGCCGCUAAUCGACAGCAAUUUCUACGGCGUGCCGCAAUUCCACAGCAUGGUGGCGCGCGCGCAGGCCGCGACGACCGACAUCUCGAUGAUCAUUAACGGGGAUAUUAUUCUCCUGAAUGACGUCAUGCUCGCGCUGCAGAAGACGCACGGAACCUUCCAGCACUGGGUGAUGACCGCGGCGCGGUGGGACAUGCCGGAGGAUUUUCCGUACUCGUUCGAGUCGCAGAUGUGGGGGCAGAGGGGGCUGGCGCGCGGCCGCAGCCACGCGGCGAUGGAGGAGGAGAUCCGCGGGUUCGUACGCGAUAUAGGCACGCUGCACACGUACGGCGGGGUGGACUUUUGGGCGUGGAACAACGACUCGCCCGCGCCGCUGCACGAGGGCGCCAUGCCGCCGUUCUCGUUCGGGCGUGGGAAAUACGACAACUGGUUCACGCAUGAGAUCGUGUCGGCAGGAUUGAGGAACAUGGUAGACGCCAGCGAGGCGGUCACGGCGAUCCACGUGGCGCAUUCCUAUUCGCACGUGGUUGAAUCAGCGGCGAGCAAGAGCAUCGGCAGCAGCAGCGGCGGGGGGGGGAGCGGAAACGGAAACGGUAACGGGUUAGCAGGGCAGAAUUUCUGGAGCACGAGGAAGAAGAGCAGCUGGGAGCUGUUCGCCAACAUCCACCUGGCAAUGACGCACGGUUCGUACGCCAAUCAGAAGGGUACAGCUCUACACGUCCCCUGGAAGCUCGCCACGUGUCACGAGCCCUCCGUUCACAACAUGUGCCUGCAGCAGCGCCUCCGCCCCGCCACGUGCACGUGCGAAUCCGCAAAUUUUGUGAAAUCGAGCCAGACGGACCCGAAGCUGGAUAAGACGGGCAGGAAAUGGACAUGUGGCAGCGUGUCAGUGGACAGGAAUUCGGACUACACCAUUCCCACUGUUCCUCCUCCUGCGGCUGCUGAAGCCCCUGUUGGCCUCCCUCACACUAUGGAGCAGCUUCUGCCAACCAUCGCUCGGAGUGUGCCGGAUGGGAAGGGGGGCUCGUUGCAGGUGGUGACGCUGGUGGCGGUGACGGCGGGGUACGCGGAGAUGCUGAUGAGCUUUGUGUGCCGCCUGCGCUCCCUCGGCCUCGCCUCCAACCUCCUCGUUGCUGCGCUCGACGAGGACCUCUACCGCUUCGCCUUCACGCAGGGCCUGCCGGUUUACUAUGAGCAGGUCAGCCAGGGGCUCAAGGGGGUGGACUCAAAGGACUGUGCCUUUGGCAGCCAGUGCUUUAGGCAGUUUACCAAGCUGAAGUCCCGGGCUGUUCUUCGGGUGCUCAAGGCUGGUUACUCUGUGCUCUGGACGGAUGUUGACAUUGUCUGGUUCACCGACCCUCUCCCGGACCUGCUGAGUUACGGCCCGGGGACGUUCCCGAUCCAGAGCAACGAGCCGAACACGACGCUGCCUGGGACAGGCAUUCGGCGAAUCAACUCUGGGUUCUACUUUGCUCGGGCAGAUAAGAAAACAGUCGACGCGUUUGAAGCCAUCACUGCACAUGCAGCUACCACGAGGCUAUCGGAACAACCUAGCUUCUACGAUAUUCUGUGUGGGGUGAAAGGUGAGAACGUGGUGGAGGGGAAGGAGGAGUGUGUGUGGCAAAACGGCCUUCGCACCAUCUUCCUUGAUAGGGUGGUUUAUGCGAAUGGUGCUGCUCAUGCGUUCUGGGAUGAGGAGGAUGUGGAGGGGACGUGCAGGAGGAAGGGAUGUGCCAUUCUGCACAACAACUGGAUUGCUGGAAAGGAUGCGAAGAAGCAGCGGUUUGUGGUGAACUCAUUCUGGCACUAUGAUUUGGAGAAGAGGAUGUGCAUGUGGCGGUGGCAUAGUAGCGCGCCUCAAAAAAGAGUUGCGAGCAGGAUUGCAGCCAUGAAGUGAGCUAAUGGGAUGAAUGCAUUAUAACAAAAUUCUUUUUUAGUGAAACAUUUAUAUCAACAUAAACGCAUUGUAUUGUAUCCGUUGAGGCGUGUCUGAGAAGUGUAGCAUAGAGGCCAGAAUUCACGAUUAUUUGACACCGUCGACACACCGUAGUCACACUAAUAGUAGUCACAAAGGAGGCAAUUGUCGGUUGUACUUGGCAUAAAUUCGGAAAACACUUCCCGUGAGCAGCAUUUGGGAUCCAAUGGCUCCCCAUAGAUGCUUACUCCUAGCAGUAAUAACCCUGGCCGUCACCAUAACUCUUCUCCCCGUCGCCACUGCAAACAAGCACACCCCACAGUCACACCGCCACCAGAAGCAACCGCAGCAGCAGCGCCAGCCCCAUUUCCUCACCAUAUUC